UUGGUUGUUGGCAACAACUUUCUUUUCUGAAAAAAAGAAAAACGGAAAGUGCGCAAAAUAAAAUUAAUUAAAAGCAUAAAAAACUUCUAGUUAAAUGUUAAUUAACUGCCCUCGAGGCUGAAAAGCGGCUAUCCCACGAUAAUCAACAACAACUGAUUAAACGCCAACAUCAGUAAAUAAGUGCGUGUGUGUGUGUGUGAGUGAGAGGCCAGUGCAGUCGACGUCGCAGCCGCUGCUCUGCCACUGUUGCAAAAAAAAAAAAUUGGAAAAUGAAGAAAAUCCUAUCAAAAUUCGAGCGAAAUGAAAACUCGAGACUGGAUAAUUCGCACAAUAGCAGCGUGUCAUCAUCCAAGGAGACAAACUCGUUUGUGGGCAAAGUAUUUACAGUGGGACGCGUUGCGGUCACCGUUGAAGAUGUCCUGGCCGAAGGUGGCUUUGCCAUGGUCUUUCUGGCACGCGGCAACGGUGGAGGCAAUGCCUCGGCUACAAAAUACGCCUUGAAGCGUAUGUAUGUGAAUAAUGAUCAUGAUUUGAAUGUGGCCAAGCGGGAAAUACAGAUUGCAAGCAAUCUGAGCGGUCAUAAAAAUAUAAUUGGCUAUGUGGACUCCAGCAUAACGCCCACGGGGAAUGGUGUUUGUGAGGUUCUGCUAUUGAUGCCGUAUUGUAAGCAUCACAUGCUGGCCAUGAUGAAUGCUAGAUUACAUAUUGGCUUCACCGAGCCCGAGGUGCUAACCAUUUUCUGUGAUAUUGCCGAGGCAGUUUCCCGUUUGCAUUACUGCCAAACACCAAUUAUACAUCGUGACCUUAAAGUCGAGAACAUUUUGCAGACCGAUGGCGGUAAUUUUGUGCUAUGCGAUUUCGGUUCAGCUACCGGCAAAACAUUGAAUCCACAGCAACAUGGUGUGACCAUGGUUGAGGAGGAGAUACAAAAGUAUACGACAUUGUCGUAUCGGGCACCCGAAAUGAUUGAUCUGUAUAGUGGCAAGAGUAUAACUACGAAAGCCGAUAUCUGGGCAUUGGGCUGUAUGCUGUAUAAGCUAUGCUUCUUCUCCCUGCCAUUCGGUGAGAGCACGCUGGCCAUACAGAAUGGCCAAUUCGCCAUACCGGAUAGCUCAAAAUAUUCCAAGGGUAUGCAUCAAUUGAUUAAAUAUAUGCUGGACACGGAUAUAGAGAGACGUCCGAAUAUAUGGCAAGUUUGUGAAGUGGCCUUUCGUUUGGCCGGCAAGGAUAAUCCCGUUCAGAAUUUACAUAAAACUCCCAUUCCAAACUUUGAUCAAUUGCUUGUGCCGCCUUUUGAAUCGGAGGCGAAGAGAAUCAAUGCGGCUGCUGCCAAACAGGCGAAUGCAAAAACUCAAAAUGUCUCCAUAAUAGAGGCAGGAACCAGUGUGGUUCCACGCUCUCGCCCUAAAGGAUCUUCGGCAGUUGCGCACGGUGGUCCUGGCUUGGGUUUGGGCUUGCCACCAAGUCCCUCGCCAAGGCAAAAUAUCACCUCACCUCAGCCGCAGCCGGUGGUUGAGCAAUUUCAGGCCAAUUUUCCAGCCAUGCCGCCAGCCAGUGUAGUUCCUCCUUCCGUUCCUGCAGCUCCAGUUGCAGUAGCAACAGCAACAACAACAACAACAGCAGCAGCAUCGACUACCACUUCAGUGGGUAGUCAACUGUUUGAGUCAAGCGGCUAUCCAGAUCCGUUUAACGAGACCAGUGAUACUAACAGCACCGCCACAACAUCCUUAUCCACAACAGCAGGCGGAGGAGCGCCUGAAAAGCAGUCAAAAGAAGAGGAUCUUAAUCAGCAGGAUGCGCCGAUCACAAAUUCUGGUGGCACGCCCACAAAGAAUAUGUUAACGCCACCCAAACCUACCAAUACGGGCGGUCAUCGGCGCAAUGUUAGCGAUACCUCAGCCUUUAAUAAAACCUUCGCCAAUGAGACCAGUCAGUUUUUGGCACCCUAUAACAAUAAUAUUGCCGCUGCCGGCGAUGGACAGCCAGCGACUUUGGCCACUGCAGCCUCGAAUCCGGGCAUCUAUGCAGCUGCAACUGCCUCACUAUGCAGCACAGAAUUCGGCGGACGACAAACAAUGGAUAAACGUGUCGAGGCCUGGAAUCCCUUUGAGGAGGAGCAACCAUUUAGCCAAAUGACCGAGGAUCAUAUAUUUGAAGCGGAAUUCGAUAAGAUACGUCAACGGGGCAGUCAAGGAAGUAUAACAGCGAAAUCGGCAUCGACCACUUCAACGUUAACGCCUACCGAACAAAAUGUGGUUGUCGCUGUGACAACAGCUCCUCCUGCUUCACAUCAAUCUUUUCCGCCUGCCACUAAUGCUGUCCCUAAUCCUUCUGCCGCUGUUGCCACUGUUGCUGCCGCUAUUUCGCCACAUCCUGAGGAUCCAUUCGGUUCGGCUCCAUUCAGUUUGCCACCCGGACUGCGUGAGAAGGCCAGCUCGUUACGCAAAACCGGAGCUAAAUUCAUCAUCAGCAACAGCAGCAACUCCUCUGGAAUAGUAGCAUCAUCAUCAGCCGGCGGAAGUGUUGGAGCUGGAGCCGGCGAUUCAUCCAAAUGGCUGCUAUCCCCUACACUGGAAGUAUCCAGUGAGGAGAAGACCUCGUUAUUGAGUUGUAAACUUAAAACGGACUCGGAAUGUCUGGGAGUCGGUGGUGGUGGAGGUGGAGAAGGUUCCUCUGGCUAUGUGAAGUUGCCACUCGAUGAUCGUAAUAAAUAUGAAAAACUUCGCAGUAAUGAUCAGCCCACAUCGGAUGAUUCGGACUCGGCCAAUGAGUUCUUUCAACAGGACAGCGAUGAGGGUGUGACUGGCAGUAAAGCGGCAAUUUUUAAGCAAAUGCAAUUGGUUACUAGCAAUAUACCUGAAACUAUACACAAAAUCCAACAAGUGGCCUAUCACAAAGUGGACAAGACUGCCACCCAUUUGCCCAUAGUGAAGAAACUGAGGCAAGGAGCCACCAAGAAGCCCACAUCGGCAGCUCAUCAGGCGGCACAACAAUUGAAUAUAAUGGCUGCUGCAGUUGCUGCCCAGGCACAGGAGGCGGAAUCGGCAAAGGCUGCCGAUUCGGAUGGCGAUUCAAUUGGUUCGGCCAGUGAUUUGCGAGCCGAAGAUGAUGAUCUCUUUGAUGAGAAUCCCCGUUCAAUGCAGACAAAAUUGGGGCGGCGUCCCCUGGCCAUGGAUAUGGAUGGCAUAAGUGAGAGUGUAAAGACCUGUAGCAGUUCGGCAUAUCAUGCCGAAUGCGAGAGUGUGACCACCCACGAGGAUGAUGUGCGCAGUCGUGUGGUGGUCAAGGUGAGAAUGAAGAAAAAGGAUCGUUUGGCAGCAGCGGCCGGAGCAAAUGGUGACCCGAAUGCCACAUUGAAUGCAGAUGAGCUUAGUCCCACUUCAAGUGACUUAUUGCAUAAGUUUGGUGAUCGUCCAUUGCUCUUGGAUGAUGAACUGGACUAUGGUUCAGGGGAAAGUAAAAGUAGCAAUGAAUCUCACUCGGAAGAGCCAAUCCCAGGUGGCCCCAAUGUGCACCCACUUGGAGAGUUGGAAAAAGUGGAUGAUGUGGAUGUCUUUGCUAUGGCUCCAUUUAAACUUCCAGUGGGUUUGCCCAUUAAAAGAAAAUCCAAACCAAAACCCAAGCCAAAGCCGACCAAUCAGCCAGAGGUGUGGACCUCUACACCUGUGAAGGGUUCGAGUGGAGAUCAAGCGAAUUUUGCCAACUUUCCAGCACAAAUAACGCCUACGCCACCACAGCUGGAUGAAUUCAAUGAGCCCAUCUUCAAUCCGUUUCAGAAUGUGGACGAACAGAUGCAACAGGUGGAGGGAGAUGAGAGCCAACAGCGGGAUCUCUUUGGAUUGGAGCCCUUUGCACAGGUAAUACCCAAGUGUGUUGAUGUGGCAGGUAAUCACCUACAGCAGCAACAACAACAGCUCCAGCUCCAAUUUCCCAGCCAAACCAACAACAACAACAAUAAUAAUAACAAUAAUAUAAUCAAAGUGCCUCCACCACCUCCUCCUGUCAUUGCCCCAACACAGAAACCACAACUAGCACAACUGGUGACCAUAAACCACUCAAUCAUUAUCAAAAACAAAACUCCCGAACCCUCCUUGAGCAGCAUUAUUACCAAUAAUAAUAACAACAACAACAACAAUAUCAAUAAAUUAAGUGGUCCAAGCAGUGUCUAUGUCAAUGUGCCGUCCACGUCUUGCAACACCUCCUCCUCGUCCUCCUCUAGUUGUCCACCGCAAGCUAUCUCCGUGCUAGCCAUAGCACCACCUCUGCCAGCACCCGUACCAGCUUCAGUUCUAGUUCCUGCACCGCAACCUCCUCCGCACCUGAAGCCCUUGCUGCCAAUUGCGGAUAAUGCAUAUGUGCAAAUCUCUCAAGAUCGCUGCUCGGACUUCACGCCCGACGAUGAGGAGGAACCCGUGGUGUUGCAUGCUGCCGAAAUGGAUCGCCCUGAUAUCGCCGCCGCCGCCGGCGCCGCCUCUUCCGGCGCCUCCAUCACUGCAACGAAACCGAGGAAGGAGAAAUCCAAUUUGGCUGUAAGAGUGCUGCCAGUGGCCAAACUUACCCAAAAGGUCAAAGGACACGCCUACAAGAAAUCAUCGUCCAUUGGUGGUGGCGCUCUAGGAUCCACCACAUCCCUAAGUUCGGGCAGCAAACAGAAACAUCAACGUCUGCAAUAUCAAUCCCAUGAUGACGAUGACGACGACGACGACGAUGUCGUCAAGGGUGGCAACAGCGAUGAUCGGCUGAAGCAACAGGAUGAGAAUCGUGCGGGAAGUCGAAAUUUUCAAUCCAAUACCAUACAGAAUUCAGCUAAAACCGGUUUCAGUAAUAUGAGUUUUGAGGAUUUCCCCUCCGAUCAUGAAAUGGAUCGUCUCUCAAAGACCAUACCAUUCGAAGUGGUCCGCAAUGAGAAAAUGCUAUUGGAGGCGGAGAAGAAAUUUGGCUCACUAAAACGACGCAAUAAUUUAUUCUCCUAGAAGGAGUAUUCCUAUCCUCCCCUAAUCCCCGUUUAUAUCUACAAUAUCAUUGCAGAAAUUUCAGCAGAAAUGACGAGCAGAGACCUGAGAGACUGAAAGUUGUUCAUUUUUUGUUGUAUUAUUUGGCUUAUCUCUGAGUUUCUAUCAUUUGCUGCAUUAUUCAUCCCUUGUUACCCCCCGAUUUCCCCGUCUUUAAUAACAGUGGCCGCUGAAAAACAAAAGAAAAUCGAAGAAAAACAUGAAAAAUAUAUACAUAUUAC